UCGUCACAUCAUCGAUCAUGCUCAGUUAUCGGUAGUGUUCAAUCUACAUGUAGCUCUUGGUACCGGUACCACCGCCUCAGCAGCGUCCUCUGGUAGUUCAGGUUCCACUUGUCGCUGAAAGGGUUCGUAGAACUUGAAGCUUUGUCCCUCCUUUCUUUUGUCUUUCCCUCAAAGAGAAAUGUAACUCCAAGAUGUCUUGGAUUCGAAGAAAAGUGUUUGUGUCGGUGGUUUUGGUUGCCGCUCUCGCUGCCCUGCGGUUUGUAUCUCGUUCGCGCUUCCACUCUCUGAAUGGAGUUGAGAACAUCAAGAAGACUGCGGAAUCAUCCAAGAAUAAAACGUGCGACAGAAUAGACGACAAGAAGAUAUUGUCUCCUAGUUUGUUCGCCCCCUCAUAUGUCCAUCCACAUGUGAGUGAAGGGAACUCAAUGUUUAUCUGGUGGUUUAUCGUCACCGGGAACUUUGGCAACGAUCUUAGCCGCUACUACAGCUGGCGAAUACUGGCGGAACUGGGAGGAUACAAGUUCGAUUUGGCCACUCCUAUUAUGUCAUAUCACGAUUCUUUUCUCGUGUAUCUGCCAACCCAUGCGCAAGCCAAGAAACCAAAACAAAGGGUGUUGCAAAAAUUUCUCUGUGUCUGCCCCCAGGAUAUCUCGUUUGUUCAUGAGUGCGACUACGGUGUGCCGGACAUAAUUCCGACCAUUCGAGGAGAAGUCAGAAUAGCCUUGCAGGAGUAUGCAGAUGCAAAGUUCAAGACAAAACGCCUCGACAAUCCGCACGGAUGGGGAAACGAAAGGAAGCUGUUCUGGAAUUUCUUUUCGGGAGACAGCCGUCAAGAGAGCAAACGACAGAUUCUUGGACAAUUCUAUGACAAGGAUGAUUGGCUCAUUUACGAUAGGUGCCAAAUCCUAGAUCACGUUUUGCAUGGAUUUGGCACUCUGUCUGUGUACGAUGAGAUUCCAUCCAAUGGAUCUUUUACUAUCUACUCUCUCAGUGGACGCAAGGAGGGCCUGGGAUAUCUCUGUGAUGAAUUGCACGAGAUUCGGAAUGACUACAUCCGAUCACGCAACCCCAACGUUACCAUUUUAGAACUGCAGGAGAGCAACAGAAAUGUUGAUUUCGGCCGGUUGGCCAAUGCACCCAACCUCUUGCUUCCAUCCGCGGGAUCGACCUGGGCACUAUAUGCGGCAUUGGCCAAUGUGGGCGGUGUGGUCAUGGUGCCAUUCCGGACUGACAACCACCGCUUGUCCUCCAAGUUGCCGUCCAACAUAAAGGUGCUCCAAAAUGCUACAGUGAUCUACAAUCCAAAGCUCCACAAAGAAUUUGCGAAACUGCUAGGUUUCAGCGAUCCACAAUACGCCACCACACCCAAAGGGAAGGAACUCUUGUUUGACUGCUAUCGGAACUGUUGACUGUUGCACAACCCUUUGGCCAAUACGUGACAGCACGAGAAGCAGUUUGGAGUACCAUUGCCAAACUAGAAAUGUUAUCUUCACAAACGAAGGUCUUUCGAACUGGUGGACAUUGGUCCUAUCGUAACGUAGAGAUCCCUUUCUUGCGUUGUCUAUCUUAG